ACACACGCAACGCUGAACGCUCUCACAGGUAGAGGAGAGCAAUGGGGAAAACAGGUGGAAGAGGAGACUUUGAAUGGGUCUACAAUGACCAGCCGCAUACUUCAAGACGAAAAGAAAUUUUGGCCAAAUAUCCAGAGAUUAAGUCCUUGAUGGGUCCAGACCCUCAGCUGAAAUGGGUGGUAUCUGGCAUGGUCCUGACCCAGCUUCUGGCUUGUUACCUGGUCCACGACCUCUCCUGGAAGUGGAUUUUCUUUUGGGCCUAUGCCUUCGGAGGCUGCAUUAACCACUCCCUGACUCUGGCCAUCCAUGACAUCUCUCACAAUGUGGCCUUUGGCAACAAGCUGGCAAAGUGGAACCGCUGGUUUGCCAUGUGGGCCAACCUUCCCAUCGGGUUACCCUACUCUGCCUCCUUCAAAAAGUACCACAUUGACCACCACCGAUAUCUGGGGGGGGACCAGCUAGAUGUGGACAUCCCUACAGACAUUGAAGGAUGGUUCUUCUGCACCCCGACCAGGAAGCUCCUCUGGCUCUUCCUUCAGCCAUUUUUCUACGCCCUGCGGCCAUUGAUUGUCAAUCCUAAACCAGUGGGCCAGAUGGAAAUUCAAAAUGCAGUUGUUCAGUUCACCGCGGAUGCAAUUAUCUAUUAUUUCUGGGGGGUGAAGCCCAUUGUUUAUCUCAUUGCUGGAUCUAUAUUGUGCUUGGGUCUGCAUCCCAUCUCUGGACACUUCAUUGCUGAGCAUUACAUGUUCCUGAAAGGACACGAAACAUAUUCUUACUAUGGAUCACUGAACUUGAUCACUUUCAAUGUUGGGUAUCACAUGGAGCACCAUGACUUUCCCAGCAUACCUGGCAGUAAACUACCUCAGGUCAAGCAGAUCGCAGCAGAGUAUUACGACUCCCUGCCACAGCAUACGUCCUGGAUCCGGGUGCUUUGGGACUUCGUGUUUGACGACAGCAUCGGCCCCUACGCCAGAAUCAAGCGGGAGUACAAGCUAAACAAGCAAGGAUAGACCACUGAAUAUAUUUAAAGCUAGAUGUAAAUUGAAGUUGUUAGAUCACAGUGAAUUGUCAUCGUUAGCUCUAGUUUACAUGUUUGUUUGUUUUUUUUUGUCAAUAUAGUAUGAUGUCACUGACGGCAAACUUAACAUGUUUGUCAUCUAGCAAGUCCUGUACCGUUGUUCCUCCAUGGCAAAUUAAGUUAUACAUUUCACAUGCAUACAUGCUGUUAAUAGGAUUUUAGAAACAUACAGCUGGAUAUUUGUGUUUCUUUUCUUUUUUUCUUUGUUGUUUAUCAUCCUUGUGUUUGUUGUGUCCUUGCUGUUCAUGUCCACGGUUUAGCAAUGUUUGCUUGUAGCCAAGACACCGCCAAAGACCAAAAAAAGGUUAUUUAAUUGGAAGGUCUUUGGAGGUCACACGCUUUCUUGUGAAGUUUAACAGCUACCUGUCGUGGGUUUCUUUUCCUGCCCGUAAGAUGGUGGUUCUCAAACCUUUUCUGUAACGCUCCCCUUUAGAGGAAGUACAAGUGUAGGGGAGGCAGUUUGAGAAUCCAACCAGACUUGGGGGAAGAAUGUGAACCAGUUAAACACUCAGAUGACCUAAUACUGUGUCACAAUGAUCAAGCAGAACAGUGCUGAAGUGGAAAUGAGCGUUGAAAAUUACCGUUCAGUAAGAGGAGCCUUUUCUUCAAUGAAGCCUCAUCCUGCUUGUUUGCAGCCCCGUCGGGCUGUGAACUACUUCAUUAUAUCUUCAGCUUACGAAAAUACCGCAAAAAGUUUUACUGCAAUCUUGAAAUGAUUUGCCAUUUUCUAAGCAGUUACAGUUAUUUUCUUUGGGUUUUCACCCCUAAGUUCAUGAUAUAUUCCCAUGAAUUUGUGGGGUUGAGGCUCUUCUUACCAUUCUUUUCUUUGUUUGGAGUGUUGCACUUCUGUUUCGACUGUCCUACCAACAACUGAAGAAACACCUUUUAAUGCCACUACAAGAUUCUGAAAACUCAAUAAAAAUACCAUAAGCAAGCAAGUUGUUGUUAUAGUGCCGACCCAGUGCCCUAGCAGCUUAAUGUUUACUGAUCUGCACAACUCAAAAGCCACCUGAUUAAAUUUGUCCAGCUCUCCCUCGGGCCUCUAAAAGAGCAGUCACCCGUUGAGACACAGACGUGGGAGCUCUGUGGGCAGCGCCAGAGUGUCAUGUCCAAACCCAGCCCAUUUUUUCUGUGGUGGAUGAAAUUGGAUAAAUUAUUUAAACUCAGUUCUCAGUGUCCUGUUUUUUUUUUUUUAUUAUCAUUUGCAGCAUGUUCAAGAAAUAUGCAGAACCCGCUUCUCGCAAUAAUAACAAAAACAUUCCACUUUAAUUAUAGUUUGAAAGAUUAGCAAAAAUAAUAGCCUAUGUGACUGCAACCAGUGUAUUGCACUUCAACCCUAUCCUUCUUUUUAAAUAUUAAAACAUUUAAAGUGAAAUGUAUCCUCCUCUUUCAUACGGGGAAGCAGAAUGCACUUUGGGUUAUAAGUUUUAUACUUGCAGCAUGCGUGUUAAACAACCAUCUACAGCAUCAAUAGACGCUAAGGAGUGCACUAGUUUCUGCAACUUUAUUUAGAAUUGUAUCACUGUCAAUAGACAUGAGGAUUUCUUUCUCUGUGCACAUCAGCAUGAAUGACUAAGUGUUCCUGAGUCAGUGAGCUUGGCAGCC